ACGUGAGAGGCUAAGUAACGUGACUUCUCAAAUGAACCGACUGGGAAUGCAGUACUAGUCCCAGAUCGGUUCCUUCCCUCGGUUAAAAACAGUAUUUUUCGUCGUUCCAAGUAAACGACCCGAAUUGCAACUGAUCGGUGUGGACGACUACAACCGAGGAGCUAAGUUAAAAGAAACCAGACUGAGUAGAACCCCACCCGUGUUCCGCAAUUGGAGAUGGGUUCCAUGUUCCGCAGUGAGGAGGUCUGCCUGGUGCAGCUCUUUCUCCAGUCCGGUUCUGCCUACAACUGCGUCAGCGAGCUGGGAGAACUGGGCCUGGUGGAGUUCAGAGACUUGAAUCCCAACGUGAACUCCUUUCAGAGGAAGUUUGUGGGGGAGGUGAGGCGAUGCGAGGAACUGCAGAAAACGUUCAAUGUUCUGGAGCAGGAGCUCAAGCGGUCCCCUCGGCUGCAGGAGCCCCUCUCUGCCCCCGUCCCAACCCCCCCCGCCCCCCAGCCCAGAGAGCUGCUCACCAUCGAGGAGGAGAGCGAGAGGCUGGCCAAGGAGAUGAAAGAGGUGUCCAGGAACAGAGCCAGUCUGAAGACCCAGCAGACCCAGCUUAGCCAGUACAGAGGAGUUCUAACCCAGACCCAUUCCCUUACUGGCUCACAGGGCCCACCUCCCACUAUGGAAACUCCAGGCCUGUUUGACAACCGUCAAGAUGUUCAUCUCAGCUUUGUAUCAGGAGUGGUCCACCCAUGGAAGGUCCCUGCGUUUGAGCGGUUGUUAUGGCGGGCGUGUCGUGGUUACAUCAUCGUGGACUUCCGAGAGAUGGAGGAACGACUGGAGCAUCCUGACACAGGGGAAAUGGUGCAGUGGACGGUGUUCCUCAUCUCCUAUUGGGGAGAUCAGAUUGGACAGAAAGUCAAGAAGAUUUGUGAUUGCUUCCACACCCAAACCUUUGCGUACCCUAGCAGUGUCACAGAACGAGAGGAGAUUCUCCAAGGACUGGAUGGAAGAAUUCAAGACAUCAAAUCUGUUCUGGAGCAGACGGAGAGCUACCUCCAGCAGCUGCUGAUGCGGGCGGUGGCCGUCCUCCCCCAGUGGAAGGUCCGGGUCCAGAAGUGCAAGGCGGUGCAGGCGGUGCUGAACCUCUGCAGCCCCUCUGUCACCGACAAGUGCCUCAUCGCCGAAGCUUGGUGUCCUGUCAGCAAGCUGCCCCAACUGCAGGCAGCCCUCAGGGAGGGAGGGAGGAAGAGUGGGAGCGGAGUGGACUCGUUCUACAACCGUCUGCCCACCACCACCCCUCCGCCCACCCUGUUUCCCAUCAACUCGUUCACCGCGGGCUUCCAGAACAUCGUAGACGCGUAUGGCGUGGCAAGCUAUGGCGAGGUCAACCCAGCGUUGUACACCAUCAUCACCUUCCCCUUCCUGUUUGCCGUCAUGUUCGGGGACGUGGGCCAUGGCCUGCUGAUGACCCUGGCAGCUCUGUGGAUGGUCCUGGAGGAGAAGGAUCCCAAGCUCCGAAACAACAGUAACGAGAUCUGGCAGAUGAUGUUCGGAGGGCGCUACCUCAUCCUGCUCAUGGGUCUGUUCUCCAUCUACACGGGGGCCAUCUACAACGAGUGCUUCAGCCGAGGCCUCAGCCCCUUCAACUCUGCAUGGCACGUCCAGCCCAUGUUUGAGAACGGAGUCUGGACUUCAAAAGACGUCAGUGACUACCCGUUACUAAGUCUGGACCCAAACAUAACUGGAGUCUUCACUGGGCCCUAUCCCUUUGGCAUUGAUCCGAUCUGGGGCCUGUCCAACAACCACCUGACCUUCCUCAACUCCUACAAGAUGAAGAUGUCCGUCAUCAUCGGCGUCAUUCACAUGACGUUCGGCGUCUGCCUCUCUCUCUUCAACUACGUACACUUUGGCAAGCUGAACAGCGUCUUCCUGGUGUUGCUCCCCGAGCUGUUCUUCAUGCUCUGCCUGUUCGGCUACCUGGUCUUCAUGGUGGUCUACAAGUGGUUAGCCUUCGGGACGGCUCGGUCCAACACCGCCCCCAGCAUCCUCAUCCACUUCAUAGACAUGUUCCUCUUCACGGAGAACAAGGACAACCCUCCUCUCUACGAAGGGCAGACGACAGUGCAGACGGCCCUGGUGGUCUUGGCUCUGUGUUCCGUCCCAGUCCUCCUGCUGGGGAAGCCCGUCUGCCAGUACCUCACGCAUGGCAGGAGACGGCGCCUCAUGCUCAGGGAAGGAGACAGGCGCCCCCUACUGGCGGAGAACGGAUCCAUCAACGCUCAACAGGAACCAAGGGAUGUGGAAGGGGGGGCUCACGAUGAGGAAAAGGAGUUUGAUGCUGCCGAUGUGUUCAUGCACCAGGCCAUCCACACUAUAGAAUACUGUUUAGGCUGCAUCUCCAACACAGCCUCCUAUCUACGUUUGUGGGCCCUCAGUCUGGCACACGCGCAGCUGUCGGAGGUGCUGUGGACGAUGGUGAUGCGUCUCGCCCUCCGCUGGGAGGGCUACCUGGGCUCCGUGGUGCUCUUCGCCAUCUUCUUCUUCUUCGCCGUGCUGACGGUGUCCAUCCUGCUGGUCAUGGAGGGCCUGUCUGCCUUCCUGCAUGCCCUGCGCCUGCACUGGGUGGAGUUCCAGAACAAGUUCUACAGUGGAACAGGCUACAAGCUCAACCCCUUCUCCUUUUCCUCUCUGAUCAACGCCCAAGAUCCAUUAUGAUCGCUCUCAUAGCCAGACAAAAACAGUUGCCAAAAUGUUGUUAAAUCAUCGUGAUUUGUCCAUCUCUUACUGUAUUUUAAACCCCUACCCCUCCCACCCCCACCCCCUAAAAUGUGCACACACACACGUCAGUGAUCAUUUUUUAAGUUUUAAAACUUGUUUCUAUCGUGCACAGUAGUAAAGAAUGCAUGAAUGCACUAGCCCUUAAAACAUGGCAUUGAGGGUUGGUUACGAACCCGCACAAACUACGAUCAAAUUAAGAAUUUCUCCUCUCUCACUUGUUGAACUAAACAAAUUCCAAACUACACUUUUUUUUAUUACAUCCUCUAUGACCAUUUUCGUUUUACCAUCAUUGUGAAUGUUGUAGGAAGAAGACUUCCUACAGUUUUUAACUCAGUAAACGGUUACUAUUAUUUUUGUUUACUCUUACUGUCCAUUUUUCAAGUCUGGUUGCAGAUGGCAGUUAUGAAAAGGGAACUACACGUGUUGUCUUGGUAAACUAUUCAACCUAGAAGGGAACUCUUGACAGUGACAAUCAUCUUGAUGAAUGCAAUUUUGAAAGUUGAUUGUAGGUGUCCUUCAUGGACUUGGUAGACUGACAUGUUUAGUUUGGUGCCUUUAUCCAAUCCUGUAUGUCGAACCUGACAAAUGUCAAGUCACAUGGACAGAUGGGACACUAAAGCAUUAUGGGACAGAAUGGUUGUAAGCCUGGUCACUGUUUUCUCUGUUUGCACUAUCACUGUGGCUUUGUACCAAAUAAAAUUAAAAUGAAUCUCCUGCUUCA